UGGAGCCCAAGGUGACCGUGUACCCCACCAAGACCCAGGCCCUGCAGCACCACAGCCUCCUGGUGUGCUCUGUGAGUGGCUUCUACCCCGGCCACAUCGAAGUCAGGUGGUUCCGGAACGGCCAGGAGCAGGAGGACGGGGUGGUGUCCACAGGCCUGAUCCGGAACGGGGACUGGACCUUCCAGACCCUGGUCAUGCUGGAAACAGUUCCUCGGAGCGGAGAGGUUUACGUCUGCCGGGUGGAGCACCCGAGCUGGAGCAGCCCCGUCACCGUGGAGUGGAGUGAGUGGGAAGCCGGACCUUCUGAGCUCCUGUCCUGCACACAGGGGCUCUUCCCUUAUCCCCGAGGGAGACUCUUGAUGAAUAAGGAAGGGCACUGA